ACGCGCAUGCGCACUGGCUUUGAAGUGCUUGCACUUUCUAGAAACCCGGAAGUAAUUUGAAGGUCUUUGGCGAUGGUUGGAUGAUUUCACCGCGGUGGGCUCGGAGUCGAUGUGAAAAUGGGUGUUAAAAUAGAGGUGUUUAGAAUGAUGCUGUAUCUGUCCUUUCCUGUGGCCAUGUUCUGGGUCUCCAAUCAAGCAGAGUACUUUGAAGAGUACGUAAUAAAGAGAAAGAGGGAGAUCUUCCCCCCUGACGAAAGAAUGCAUAGGAAAGAGUUGGAGGACUUCAAAGAGCGAAUGCGUGUUCGUAAGGAGCAGCGGAUAUUAAAAGAGAGGUCUGUGGAAUCUGAAAAUUGAGGAUAUUAUGUUGAAGCGAGUUUUGAGCACCACCAAUGGAGGAUUAUCUCAGAAAACUGGUCGGACUUGAGUGGACACAUUGGAAAUCUCUGAAAACUUAACAAAUCCCAAAGGUGUGCUGGGUGUUUUCAAGGGAUAAACUAUGUCUAAUGUACCUUUUAUUAAGUUUGUGACUUUAUCACACAAGACUUUUCAAAUGCCAGAAUUAUUUGUGUAUUUUGUUUGGAUGCCUGAUCAGUUGAGUUGCUGUGAUUACACUGUAAUUAUUUGAGCUUUAUAUCCAGUUGGAUGUAAUGUAAUUACCAUGAUUUAUUAUGUGAGGUGCAGUGCACAUAAAAUGUAUUUACCCCCUCUGAGUUUUUUCCAAUGUUUAGUGUUUUACAACAUUGUAUCACAGUUGAUGUAAUUGGACAUUUUUGACCAAGAUCAACAGAAAGAGACCUUAAUACCAAAGUGUAAAACAAAUAUCUCAAAUCUUAAGCACAAAAAUAAAAAACAAAGUAACAGGUUGCUUAAGUAUUCAUCAAUAUUUGACCCAUGGCAGUUAUUAUUGUCUUUAGCCUAUGUUGUAAAGACUGGGAGGCUUUAGCUUUAUGCUCUGGGUGGUCUUAUUCUGAAUUACAUUGUACUUCAGGUCACAGUUCACUAUCAGAGGUAGGUGGGCAGCAGGUUUUCUUCUGUUAUUUAUCUGUAUUUUGCUGCAUUCAUUGUAACGUCUCCCUGCUGCUGCUGAUCAUACCUACAGCACAAUACUACCACCACCACAAACUUCAUGGUGGGUGUAGUGCUUUUCUGGUAAUGUCUGCAUCAAACAUUUCUUAGUAUGAUGAAAGCUCAUCUCGUCUCAUCAGACCAAAGAAUCAGACUUUGUUUUAGACACUUCCUUGUACCUUCUGGCAAACACUAGCUAAGAUAUUCAGAUUUUUUGUUAACAGUAGUUUAUAUAAAAGAGUAUACUUAUACAUUGUGCACUGAUGCAUUGAAUGUUUCUUUGUCUUUGGGAUUUUUGCACUUUGCAGGUAUGUUUAAGUUGAAAUCACUUGUCACACCUUGGCUACGCAUAGGGUAUCAAUUUGUGACAUUGUAAAACAAUUGGCUUCACCAGCGAGGAUUUAGUUGUGUCAGUUGUGUGAUGCAUUGACAUUAUGUAAUAUUUUUCUGUUUAUCACUGUCAUAAAAGCCCAGUUACAUCCACUGUGUAUAAAAAAGUUGAAGGAGCCGAGGGUACUGAUUAUGUGUAUAAUUCUUAUUAACAUCUUGUUAUUUAAAUGCUUUAUUUUUUUUAAAGUCAUUUGUUGGUUUUGUUUCA